AUGCAUCCCGAAACGCGUUCAUUAUAUCUCGAUCGAGAAUCAAAGUCUCGGGCUUCUGGAAGUUAUACACAAACGGCGUCCAGACCAUUGAAUAACACCCAAAAUGCAACAGGAGGCCUUGAAAACGAAAGUCCGCAUACCGAGGCACGGAGUGCUGCAACAGAUGCAGUGCAACGAGCAUGCUCAAAUGUCCGCCCGCAGAUUCGCCGCCAAGGAAGCCUAGGGGCACGCCGAACUUGGACUCGGCGUUGUCGACCAGCCACUCCGCUACGUCGUAGCAGUCAUUCGGUCCGGCGGGGAAGGGGUGUUCGGGAGCGAGGCGGUAGCCAACGGACAGGACUAGGGUCCCCGUCCUAUCGGCGAUAUCCUGGAGCAUGGGGUCCUGGGACUUUUCGUCCUGCAAGACCCAGCCUCCGCCGUGGAUGUGCAGGAAGACGGAGCGGAUGGGUUUGUCGUUCUGCGGGCGUAGGAUGCGAGAGGGGAUGGUCCGACCUGAGUCGCGGGAUGGUAUGGUGA